AUGAAUAUAGGGACAGAGAUAAAGGAUUACAGGAAGAGAAGCCGCAAUAGAAGUAAAGAUAGAUAUGAUCGUGACAGAUACAGUGAGAGAGAAAGAGAUCAUUGUCAUCGAAGCAUGAGCUGUAGCUCUAGUCCUGAUAAUCGAAGUGCCUUCCCUACUCGGCAUAGUCCUGAUUCUAAGGGCCCUUUUCAACAUAAGACUCAGAGAGGUGAAAGUCCUGUUGGACACAACCCUAAAGAAUACUCCCCUGCUCUGAAAAGUGUGUCACCACAUGGUCGGCGCUCUGUUUCUCCAAGUCCAUCUCUGCAGAGAACCAAUGCUCAUGAAGCAUGA